AUGGAGGUUGGGGCUGCUGAAGCCACUGGGAGCAGUAGUGAUGUAGAGUUUGCGCCGGGUGUUGAAGCAGAGAGCGAUGAUGAGCUGCCGGCGAGUCCACUAGAAUCUGUUCCACCUCCUCCAGCAACUAACAACGAUGCUACUGGAGCAAGCCGAACAGAUAAUACUAGUAGACGGGAACAUGCAAUUGACAUUGGAUGGAGUGAAACGAUGCCAUCGAACGACUUGCCUGAGUUCACAGGUACCCCAGGCCUGCGAGUGGAGCUGUCUCCUGAGCAAGUCAGUUCACCGUUGAACCUAUUCUUGUUGUACAUCACGGACGAAAUGCUGACGGUAGCGUGUGCUCAAACAAAUUUGUAUUUUUACCAACGAGCUGCUGAUGUAUGCCUUGAGGGGGCUGCUCAUGCCAGAGAGUGGUCAAAUAUCACCCCUGCAGAGCUGAGAGUGUGGCUGGGAAUCCUUUUUACCAACUCCUUGCAUCCAUACCCCAGCAUGCCUCUCUAUUGGUCCUCUAAGAAGUUGUUUGGCCUUGAUGCCGUUAAGAGUGCCAUGAGCCUCCGUCGUUUUGAGCAGAUUAAGCGAUAUCUUCACCUGGCAAACACAGCUGCCGAGCCAAAAAGAGGCACACCGCAUUUUGACCCCCUGUACAAGGUUCGCCCUUGGCUGGAUGGACUGCUGAAGCAUUCCCAGGAGCUUUUCUCCCCCAGUAAACAGGUUAGCAUGGACGAGAUGGAUGUGUCCUUCAGUGGGAGAUGCGCAUACAAAUCGCGAAUUAAAUACAAACGAGCCGGCGAUGGAUUUUUAAUCUACGCACUAUGCGAUGCUGACACUGGCUACACCUGGUCUUUUCGGUUUACUUUUGACCAACCAGGUGCUGUGGAGGUUGGCCUGAGCAAGACCUUCAAUGCCGUGUUCCAGCUGAUGAAGCAGCUACCCGGCAAGGGGUUUCACGUUUUUGUCGACAACCUGUACUCCAGUGCUCUCCUUGCUGAGAAACUUCUUGCUUUCGGCCACCUGUACACGUGCACAGCUCGUGCUGAUCGCAUACCAAACUGUGUCAAGCAAAAGGCGCUAACAGGUCAAGCUGCACGACAGGCUCACGGCACUGUUAAAUGGGCAUCUAGGCGAAAUGUGGUGGCACUUACCUACUAUGAUGCAAAGCCUGUACCGAUGAUGACCACUGCUCACCAUGACCUCGAGGUGGUCACCUUCACCCGACCUCGUUGUCAGGUAAACCCGGAGACUCAUCUUCCGCACACAGUGGAUGUGGAGCUGACACGACUCAACGUCAUUCAUGAUUACAACUGCUUCAUGGAUGGCGUCGAUGUCGCUGAUCAGCUCCGUGGCUAUUACAGUUGCAGUCUCAAAUGUAUGAAAUGGUGGCAUGCUAUUUUUUACUGGAUCGUGGAUACUGCUGCCACCAAUGCCUACCUCUUACACAAAGAAGGCAUGAAGGCACAGGCAGCAUCUCCCAUGACCCAUCUCGAGUUCAUGGCCGACCUUGCAGAAUCGCUUCUCAGCACACCGCAUGGAAAGGAAAGAAGCAGCAGCAGCAGCGGGGCAAAGCGGCGCCGGUCAGCGGACGCCGCCAUGGACAAGCCAGAGAGUCGCCUUAUUGGUUCUCACAUGAUCCGGGCAAUUCAAGGGAGCAGUGCAAAGAACCCCCAGCGUGAUUGCGUGAGGUGCAAAGCCAAUGGCAAGCGCUCACGCACCAAUUACGAGUGUGGCACAUGUAAUGUCGGCCUUCACUCUGAUUGCUUUGAGGAAUGGCACAAGUGA